UGUGUGUGUUUGCGUGGGUGUUUGUGGUUUUGUGUGUGUGUGUGUGUGCGCGCGCGUGUUUUCACCAUGGUCGAGUAUAGUCUGGGUGGGAAACGACUGCACACAGUUCUCUGCUCUGGAUUAUACAGAUGCGUGCGCUUUGCUCUAUCUGCGCACAUCUCGAGCUGAAAUGUUGCUCCUCGUGUCUCUUAUCGCUUUGUGCUGUAACCACGCAGCUUUUGCUGAAAACGAGUAUGCAGCUGAUCUUUCCGAGGAUGUCGAGCUUGAUGAUGAUCUAAUUGCAGAAUUGGACUUGGGCACGGCACCACGCAGAGUCCCUCGGCAGGUGAAAACAUUUUUAAGGAGGGAAACUAAGCCACACAUACAGGAGUUCUCUGUGUCAAGCACCAUCAUCUCCCGCUAUGCUUUCACUGCCGUGUCCUGCACCAUGAUAAACAGACUCAGCGCAGCAUCUGAGGCAGUUUUCAUGUUUCACAUCCCAGCAGCUGCCUACAUCUCCAACUUUACAAUGAUUGUGGGAGGGAGAGUCUUCCCCAGUCAGAUCAAGGCAAAGGAAAAGAAACUGAAAAAGGACAGGAAGGAGAACAAUGGCACGCCAAAGAGCAAGGACUCAGCAGAGCACAGUGAGGGUGAGAUGGAGUUGUUUCGCAUGCCUGUGAAAAUCCCUGGGCGAAACCGUGCCAUCUUUCUUCUGACGUAUGAAGAGCUGCUGCAGAGACGUCUGGGUUUUUACCAGCAUAUGACAAGUGUUAGGCCCAUGCAGCUGGUCAGCAAGCUCAGUGUGGCCAUUACCAUCAUAGAGCACUCUCGCAUCAAGCACCUCGAGGUUCUCCCUUUGCGCAGAAGCAAAACAUCUGGCUCCAGGAACAACAGCAAGACAGAUGGUAACGCGGGUCUGCCCCCUUCCACGUUGGUCCGACAGAAUGAGACAUUCUGCAAGAUCACUUUUAACCCUAACAUCGUUCAGCAGGUCAGGAUCGCUAACAACGGCAUGCUAGGAGAUUUUAUUGUGCGCUAUGAUGUGGAGAGAGAGUUGGGAAUCGGUGACAUUCAGGUGCUGGAUGGACAUUUUGUGCAUUACUUCGCCCCCAAAGACUUGCCUGUUGUACCCAAGAAUGUUGUAUUUGUGAUUGACACCAGUGCCUCCAUGCUGGGGACCAAAAUGAAACAGACUAAAGAAGCUCUGUUCACUAUCCUGGGUGACUUGCGUCCGAAUGAUCACUUUAAUUUCGUCAGUUUCUCCAACCGUGUGCGAGUGUGGCAGCCAGGCAAGCUGGUGCCUGUUACACCAAACAGUGUUCGUGAUGCCAAGAAGUUCAUCUACAUGAUCUCACCCACUGGAGGCACAGACAUUGACAGUGCCCUGCAAGCCGGCUCGUCAUUGCUCAGAGACUACCUGUCACAACAGGAGGAGUCAAAUCACAACAGAGUGUCACUCAUUAUCUUCCUGACUGAUGGACGGCCCACAGUGGGAGUGGUCCAGACGCCACUCAUUCUGGGAAACGCAAAGGCAGCCGUGCAGGAGAAGUUCUGCAUCUUUACUAUUGGGAUGGGCAACGACGUUGACUAUAAACUCCUGGAUCGCAUGGCACUGGAGAACUGUGGCACAAUGAGGAGAAUUCCAGAAGAUGCUGAUGCUAACACCAUGCUGAAAGGAUUCUAUGCAGAAAUCGGCACCCCUCUGCUCUCGGAUAUUCAUGUUGAAUAUUCAAACGAUGCUGUUGAGUACGUCACACAGAACCUCUUCCCCAAUUAUUUCAAUGGCUCUGAGAUCGUUGUAGCUGGAAAGCUGACCAAUCGUAGCUCAGAUUCCCUUCACGUGCAGGUGAAAGCCACCAACAGCGAUCGCAGCCUUGUAAUUGAGAAGGACAUCUCUCUGAGUGAGCAAGAGCAUGUAACAAAGCGGCGUGUUGAGGAGGCCGAUGCUGGUGCAAAUGCGGAUGGCUACGUCGAGCGCCUCUGGGGCUUUCUGAGUGUGAAAGAUGGACUAAAUGGUCGCUUACGCAGCCACACGAGCUCUGAAAGAGAGAACUUUACUCAACGGGCCACCGAACUCGCGCUUUCUUACAACUUCCUCACGCCAUUAACACAAAUGAAGGUGGAGACGCCACAAGUGCUUGCUGAUGGAACCAUAGCAGACACUGAGCCUACAGAAACCCCAUCUGUACACUCAGAUUUGGCCAAUCAGUUAGCAGAGGAGGAGCCGAUGGGAGAAACACCCCAAAGCCUGCACAGAAAUAAAGAACAACCAGCAACAGUGGCCACAGCUGGCAAGGCCACAAACGGACUUAAAAGACCGGCCAAAAAGUCUGUCACUCUAUCCAAAACAUCAGCGGAUGGAGAUCCUCACUUUGUGGUUGACUUCCCUAUGAGUAAACUUGCUGUCUGUUUCAACAUUAAUGGAGAGCCUGGGGACGUCCUCCGCUUAGUAACCGACCACAAACACUCUGGUGUAACUGUAAAUGGGAAGCUGAUUGGCGCUCCAGCACCUCCUGGCAGUCAUAAGCAGCAGCGAACAUAUUUUAGUUCCAUCAUUAUUGUUGUUGACAAGCCGAGGCGCUCGUACAUCGAGGUGACUUCACGUAAAGUUAUCAUGGACGGCCUCGAUCGUCUCAUCCUUCCGUGCAGCUCCAGUGCUGCGGUGGAAAACAAACACUUCUCAGUGGCUAUAGUUGCUAAUGCCAAUGUCACGGUUACAAUUCAGGGAACAAUCCAGUUCAUCAUCUUGAUGCAUAUUUAUAAAAACCCAGCCCCUUACCAGCGAGAUCAUCUGGGCUUCUACAUAGCCGAGAGCAAGGGACUUAGCAAGGAUACACACGGACUUUUAGGUCAGUUUAUCUAUGAAGAAGUCACACUAAUACAGCUUCCUGGAAACAUCACAGCAGCAACAGGAAAUGACCCACACGAAAUGAGCAUUACCCAGGGUAACCCUGAGACAGGUCACAUGGCCCUGAGGGUGAAGGAGCGCACUGUGGAUGUGGUAAAGAAGAGCAGACAUAUUUAUUCUGGGACACAAACUGUCCACUGCUGGUUUGCCAGGAAUAAUGCUGCGAAUCUGAUUGAUGGACAAUACAAGGACUAUGUAGUGGCUCACAUGUUUGACAUGGAGGACUGGCCUCAUGGAGCAAAUGGACACUGAGACACGCACACACACAAUCACAGAAUAGCACAAUCAGGUAUUGAUGCACAAAUCCACAGGAAAAAGCCAAACCUCUUUACCACAGGUCUUUAAAAAUUCUAUAUUCAGUGUAGUGUGCAUUAUAUCUGAAUAAUAUUGGCUCUUUAUACUACUGCAUAACUCUUUAUAAAAAUUUUACAUUUUUGUACUUUGUACUUAAAAUUUAUUUGUUUAUUUGUGUGUUUCUAAUUGUUUUAAGAAUUCUAUUCUGAUAAUGGGAUUUUAAUUAUAACAUUAUAGAAGCUAAAUAAAACUAUUUAGCUUUUUCAGAAGAACCACUUUUGAACAUUUACGCAUAGAAAGGCAACUAUAAUAGCGUUUAACUAUGACAAUGUUUAUAUGAUGUUUACAAUAAAAAUUAGACUAAUAUGAAUUUGAUAGUUGCUUUCACAGCCCUUUUAGACAUGCUAUGUAGGAAUUUUAAAAGUUCACUUUCCUCUACCAGAUAGUCUAGUGGUGUAAUGCGAUGCCAGUGACUGUAUCUGAAUCUACAUUAACAUCAAUCCAUAUCUGUUUAUAUCUAUAACUGUUUACUGCUCAAAAUAUUUGUCUGUAUUCAGAUUCAAACCAAAUAUGGACAUGGACUCUUAAAAAAAAAAUCAAUCCAACUUAUCCUAUUAUUUUGCAUUUAUUUUAUUUAUUUAUUGUUUGCACACCAAAGUUACUUGUGCUCACAAUGUUAUAAAGCUAUGAGAAUCUGUUCAUGGGA